AUGCUAUGGCGGGAUGGGCGUUGGAGGUGGUGCGAUGGUUCUUGCGUGGAAAAAUGUGAAAACAUUGUUGUCACAUCAAGAUGA